AUGAAUUACACCGCAACCGCAGUCGCCGCACUCUGGGUACUCUGGCACCAAUUCGCGACUUACUUCCUGAUCGUUUGCAUCAUCUGGGUCAUGAUGGAGUGCUACAUGCUCUACCUGCUGGUGACCGACGUCAACGCCUAUAGACAGCAUCCCGCCCGCGCUUGGCACAGUACCUACGCUAAUGGACAGUGGACACUUCGCGAGUGGCGCCAAUUAGAGUUGGCAUUGUCCUCGCUAUCUCUGGUCGCGACCGUCGUUUGGCACAAGAUCAGCUUCGGAGAAUGGUUUGGGGUGUGGCUGGAGGAGGUUGCGUAUCAAGUCAUAGCUGUUGGAGCCGGAGUGGAGAUUGUACUGGUGGCGAUUUAUUGGAUGCUGAAGCGACUUGUCUGA